AUGAACGUCAUGGCCAUGCGAGACGACAAGCCAAUCCAGUGGCUCCUGACGUUGUUCUACGACAUGCUUCGAGAAGACAGCAGUAGUUACGUGAUCUUUGAGGAGGCGACCAAACAGAAGAUCGAGGUCUACAAACCUCUCAUGACUUUGCUGUUGCGGCCUGGUUUGGACAACUACACGGCGGACAAGGUGAGUUGGCUGCUUUCGGCAGUGAUCAGCCAUGUUCCUGCGGUGGUUGCCAAGGCCAAUGUGCAGGAGUUCCUCAACGUGAUUAUGGAUUCCGCCAAGACGAACUGUUCAGAACUGGGACAGCUGGAGGCGAUCACCAAUUUGCUGAAGUCCGAUGCAUACAGAAAGUUCACGUGGUCUCAACCAGGAAUUUCCGAGCUCAUCUUCAGGAUACAGCCAAAGACAGCACCAUCACCGCACUUGUACAAGUGCAUCUUUGCAAUCUGGGCACUGUCCUUUGAUCAAGAGAUCACAGCUUCAUUGAAGGAGAUGCAUGUCAUCAAGAAGUUGAGAGAAGCUUUGACCUACAGCCGGGUUGAGAAGGUGAUUCGCUUGUGCCUCACCCUGUUGAAGAACUUCCUGGGCAACAAGAGCCUUUGUGAGGAUAUUGUCGAGGAAGGAAUUUUGGAGGCAGUUCAGCAACUGGAGUUCGAGAAGUGGCGGGAUGCCGAACUCUAUGAAGAUAUCAAGGAUAUGGCGAUUCAAAUUGGAUCAGAGGUGAGUGAGAUGAGCAACUACGAGCGCUACGAGCGAGAGUUGCAAACGGGAAAACUUCAGUGGGGUUUCAUCCAUUCCAGUAAGUUCUGGGCCGAGAAUGUGAUGAAGUUUGAAUCCAAUGACUUUCGGGCCUUGAAGAUGUUGGCCUCGUUGCUGCAGAGUCCUUCCACGGAUGACACCACCCUGGCUGUGGCCUGCCAUGACAUUGGCGAGUUCGUGACUCUUCAUCCUCUAGGAAAAAAGAAGGUCGCCCAGUUGCAGGUGAAGGAAAAGGUCAUGGAGCUCAUGGCAGCUCCAGAGCAGAAGUCUCGUGAGGUGCGACGCGAGGCGCUGCUCUGCUGUCAAAAGAUCAUGUUGAACAAAUGGCAGGACAUGGAGCAGGUUCCAAAAUGAGUUCGCUCGGUUUCGUCUGAACUGGAUCCGGUCUGAUGGGCGUAGAGUGAGGGCUGAGGGCGUGGAUUCUGUGUCUAACUGG